CGGACGCUUCUUUUUCCAGUCUUGGCAUAGGCCUAACUUGUAAUCUAGUGAAACUCUUGAGAAUCAUUGAAUUGUGACUGAUUUGCUUGAUUGACGAUGAGAUGAGAUCAUGGUAAAAUGUUAGAUGACUAUUGAAAGACUGAAUAGAUCGAUGGAAGACACAUCUGCAGGCCUCACUGAGCAGGUGGCUGACCAGGCCCUGACGGACGAAGGGAAACUACGCCACCAUGAAGACUUUGAAGUUGAUUCCAUCUGCAGUGAAUUAGAACACACAGAACUUACCGAUGAGGAGACGUCUGCACUCCUCAAUGAUGCCUUGGAAUUGAACAAACGUCUUAAGGCGGAGCUGAGGAGACAAGAGCACCAGGAUGAGCAAAAACUCAGUAGAGAUGGGACGAGAAAUAAGGCUGCAGGGUUUGACAAUCGUGGGAGAUCUGUUGGGAUGAGCAAGAGAGGUGACGCUAAGAGUGCAUCCCUGCCGCCCAUCCAUCCAAACAAAGGACUGUCACACAAUCAAAGACGGAUCCACAAUUCAAUGGAGUUUAGAGAUCAUGUCAAGAAGACAAACUCCAAACCUGCUCCUGUUAUGCAGAGAAAAACCCAAAGUGCUGAUAGACAAGCAAGUCAACGACCUGCAUCAUCAGGAAGUGUGCGGAGAGUAAUUCAGUCAGCAGAGUCCAAACAAAGACCGGAGUGGAACGAUAGGUUUUCCUAUUGACUUUUUGAUAUUUGAAGUUGAAGCUGAAGGGACUCACAAUGGACUCUUCCCAUGAAAUUUGCUAGUUACAUUCGCGCAUGCGUACAAACCCUAUUUGUUGGCAACUAUAGAGUUGUGCACUUGGCAGAUGCGCAAACGCAUUUGCGCAAACGCAGCACCUGUAAUCCCUCAUUUUGCCAACCAAAAUGUUAAUAUAUGUGCAAUUAACAUUUAUGGGAAGGGUCUAUAUUUGUGUUAGGAAUGAUUUCUGCUUCAUUUCAAGAGUGUGAUGAUCAUUUGAGUUUAUACUUUUUAUGUUCUUUAUGUUCGUUUGUUGUGUUCUUUUUGGGAUGGGGCGGGGGGCGCCAUCCAUGGUCAAAUAUACCUGAUGGUGCAUACCAAAGUAGGUUACAAUUACAAAUGUACUGUAUGUACAUGUAGGAUUCUGUCUAUUCAGAGCACAUGACAUUGUUUUGAUCUUUUGCGUAAAAUAUAACUUCAGCUUUUAGUUGUUUUGAUAUGUACACAUUUCCUUUUGUCAUUACAACAAACAUGUCAAAACUAUUGGAAUGACUUAAGUAUCACAGUUGUUACCAAUACCAUUGCUGUUUGUAUAUGUACUAUACAUAAUCUGUUUGAGUUUGCCAAAGUUUUGCUUUAAAUUUGUUUUAUUCCGAAUAGGCUACCUGUAAAGGGAAUGUUGAGAUGAGAGGAUAGGUACAAGAACUUUCAUUUAGCUGAAUUCAGACUCUUUUAGUGUGAAGGUUAAAACAUAAUCUGUUUGAGUUUGCCAAAGAUUUGCUUUGAAUUUGUUUUAUUCAGAAUAGGCUACCUGUAGAUGGAAUGUUGAGAUGAGAGGAUAGGUACGAGAACUUUCAUUUAGCUGAAUUCAGACUCUUUAGUGUGAAGGUUAAAACAUAAUCUGUUUGAGUUUGCCAAAGAUUUGCUUUGAAUUUGUUUUAUUCAGAAUAGGCUACCUGUAGAUGGAAUGUUGAGAGGAGAGGAUAGGUACAAGAACUUUCAUUUAGCUGAAAUCAGGCUUUUUUAGUGUGAAGCUUAAACAAAAAAUAAGGUAUUUUUCUCAAUAUCUUCAUCUCUUGCACUGCGGAUACUGUUCUCUAAAGCUCCUUGGAAUGUAGUUGCGUUAACGUAACCCUCCUCCCGCCGUCGGGAGGAGGGUUGCGUUAUCGCAACUACUUGGAAUGUUUGAAUCUAUAAAUCCAAGGAUUAUCAAAAGGUGGGCAUGUGAAUGCUAUAAAUCAAAUUAUUAUAUACCUCCAAGGGUCUGGAUCCCCGUUUUUUUGUCAGCGGUGACCAUCACCUCUGAUGUGUAGACAAUGAUUGAAAUGGUACUAUGCCAUACUACAUGUAUAACUCCGUCCCUGAUAGUAACAUAGCUGUGUGCAAUACCCUUUUCAAAACGUUUUGGUUUAAAUAUUGUACAUUGGUUAACUAAAGUUUAUGAGUACAACAGGUGUGUCAUUCAUGGCUGAGUGAGCGUUUUUUUUUGUUUUUUUUUCUUCUUUUUUUCAAUGUCGUGCAAAUGGGUAUUAAUUGGUUUUUCUCUUGUCCCUGAUGGCCGAUCAAUCUUAAACUUGUACAGGUUUGUCGGUGGAUUGCAUAAAGUGCUUACACUGACUGCCAGCAACUUUUGUAUCCCUUUAAAUGCCGUGGCUGCUUAUUGUUACUACAUGUAUGUACCGUAGUAGAUGUUGGAAUUUUAAGUAAUUUGUUAUUUUGUGUGUGUGCUAACUAUUUCAGUAUUCAACCAGGAGAAUGAUAAGUACACUAGUUGUGCAAGUGCUUGUGGCAUUUCAUUUUGGCUGUAAAAUGGCGAAUUGCCGUUUUCCUAUUAGCCU